GCCUUGAAUAGCAAACCCUACUCAACACCCUUGACACCAUGAGAUACUACGGCAACUACUAUGGAGGCCUGGGCUGCGGCUGUGGAGGCUUCGGUGGCCUGGGCUGCGGCGGCUGGGGAUGUGGCAGCUUCCGCAGACUGGGCUGUGGCUGGGGCUGGGGAGGCCUCAGACAUGGCUCCUGCCGCCCACUGUGCUACGGCGGAUAUGGGUUCUCUAGCUUCUGCUGAAAACAUUGUUGAAAUUGGAAGCAAAGGGAAAGCCUCCAAAUUUAUUUGGUCGUAUUUUUGUGCUUUGAUUUCCAAAGCAUCUGUCCUAUAUCCUCCAGGACCAAGUGAUAGCUAUGUGUCAACGGUCAAACUGUUUCUACAAAUAUUUGGUGUCUUUUUCCCUCCAGAACCCCUCAUCUUAAAUGUAUAUUCAAUAUAUAAAACUGCCCCUUGUUUGAUGUCCUCAUGUUGGUUUACUUUUCUAGCCACGAUUGCCUUAAUGUUAUCUUUCUAGAAGAUCUUGAAGAAAAUUUGCGUUUUGCUAUUGUCUAAUAAAAUGCUUACUCAAAAUAUAAA